AUGUCCAAGUCUGGGUUGAAUCUGUGCCAGCGCAAGUAUGCUCUGGAUAUUCUGAACGAAGCCGGAUUUACCGAUUGCAAAGCUGCCAGCACUCCAAUUGUUCCAGGCCAUCACUUGAUGCAUGGUGAUGGGGUUGCCUUGCAAGACGUUGGUUCUUAUAGACGUUUAGUGGGAAGGCUCCUCUAUCUUACGGCUACACGCCCCGAUAUUAGUUAUGCAGUGCAACAAUUAACACAAUUCAUUGAUGCUCCUACUGAAAAUCACCUUGUGGCUGCUCAUCGGGUGCUACGUUACAUCAAAGAUGCACCUGGCCAAGGUAUUUUCUAUCCGGCAGAUAACUCCAUACAAUUGAAUUCAUUUUCAGAUUCCGAUUGGGCCUCUUGCAUGGAAUCCCGUCGAUCUAUUACCGGCUACUGCGUUUUCCUUGGCAACGCUCUGGUUUCCUGGAAGUCGAAGAAACAGGCUACCGUAUCAAAGUCCUCGGCAGAGGCAGAGUAUCGAGCAUUAGCCACUACCGUUUGCGAAAUACAAUGGCUUCACUUCUUGCUAAAAGAUCUGCACGUACAGCUGCCUAAGCCUGCUACUCUGUUUUGUGAUAGCAAGUCCGCGGUAGCUAUAGCCGAAAACCAUGUGUUUCACGAACGAACUAAACACAUCGAAAUCGACUGCCAUAUCGUUCGUGAAAGGGUAUCCCAAGGCCUUAUCAAGCUGCUUCCCGUUUCUUCUGAGAAUCAAACCGCAGACGGAUUCACGAAGCCUCUGGCUAUUUCUCCCUUUCGUGCUUUUGUAUCUAAGUUGGGCGUUCAAGACUUACACGCGCCAACUUACGGGAGGGUAAUAAAGCGGUCUAUAUAG